GAAUGGGGUAUAUAGGAUCACAUGGAGUAGCAGCACUUCACAGAUAUAAGUACAGUGGAGUUGAUCACUCUUACGUUGCUAAAUAUGUGUUGCAACCCUUCUGGAGUCGAUUCGUUAACUUCUUCCCUCUUUGGAUGCCAAAUUAAAGAGUUCCAAAAUCCAGGACCAUGAUGUAUCCUUCUGACCUUAAGUAGCAUGAUAACAAUAGCUGUUGAGUGCUGAUGAGUUGAUUCUCAUUGCGAGUCUUGACAUUGCUUGGUCUUCCUGGCUGUUAUAUAACAGGUGUUUAAGAUUUUCUAGUAUAGCUUCUAUUUGUGUUGGACUUGGAACCACCUAUUUGAAUGUGGAUGUACGCCCCCUAAAUUCACUUUCUUCUUAAACCUCCACUGUAGUUGGACAUUUUCUUGCUUUAUUCUUAGAAAGAGGGGAUUGAGGUACUGCUCUAAGAAUAUUGCUUGAUACUAUUUUGGAAGCUCUUGCUAUUAGGUUCCUUGGGAUUUUACUAUUUAUUGUAGUCACCUUUGAAGAUAAUCCAAGCAGUUACCAUUACCGAGUACCUUAUGAUGACCACUUAGCAAUUAGCAGGGUUACUUCCUCAUGUUUAAGGCUAUUCAACUGCUGUUCAUUUUUAUAACCCUUUGUCGCGCUUGGGGAUGAUGGUAAAAGAUGGAACAUUACUGUCUAAAUCAGCAUCCUGGAUGUAAAAUUCUAUAAAAGUUUUACAUUGUACCUUGAGUUUGGACUUUGUACUCUGAGUAGCAUUCAUUGCUUAUGCUUCACAUUGAUUUUUCACACAGAAAGUUUUAUAUUGAUUUAAUAAUAUUUCCUAAUGCCUUUUUUUUUUCCUUCCAAAAACUAUUUGCCUCCUGAUCUUCUCCAGACCCAACAUGAUCACCCUUACAGGAUUCAUGUUCUUGGUUACUUCUGCACUGCUUGGCUAUAUAUAUUCACCUCAUUUGGAUACAGCUCCACCAAGAUGGGUUCACUUUGCACAUGGAUUACUUCUAUUUUUAUAUCAGACUUUUGAUGCUGUUGAUGGGAAGCAAGCACGACGGACAAGCUCCUCGAGCCCAUUGGGAGAACUUUUUGACCAUGGAUGUGAUGCUCUUGCAUGUGCAUUUGAAAGCAUGGCUUUUGGUAGCACUGCAAUGUGUGGAAGAGACACUUUCUGGUUUUGGGUUUUAUCAGCUGUUCCAUUCUACGGCGCAACAUGGGAACACUUUUUCACAAAUACUCUUAUUCUUCCUGCAAUUAAUGGACCAACCGAGGGUCUGAUGAUGAUAUAUGUAGCUCAUUUUUUCACAGGCGUAGUUGGUGCUGAGUGGUGGGUUCAGAACUUUGGGAAGUCUUUUCCCUUUUUAAGUUGGGUGCCAAUUAUAAGUGAAAUCCCAACUUUCAGAGCUGUGCUGUUUAUAAUGAUAGCUUGUGGUGUUAUUCCUACGAUUGCAUUCAAUGUGUGCAAUGUCUACAAGGUUGUUCAGUCAAGAAAAGGCAGCAUGUUACUGGCAUUAGCCAUGCUUUACCCUUUUGUUGUGCUCAUGGGAGGCGUCUUGGUGUGGGAUUAUCUGUCUCCAUCUGAUAUAAUGGGAAAAUAUCCUCAUCUAGUCAUACUGGGGACUGGACUUGCAUUUGGGUUUCUUGUGGGAAGAAUGAUUCUGGCCCACUUGUGUGAUGAACCAAAGGGAUUGAAAACUAACAUGUGCAUGUCAUUAUUAUAUCUACCAUUUGCCAUUGCAAAUGCACUCACUGCCAAACUGAAUGAUGGAGUUCCUUUGGUUGAUGAAUUUUGGGUUCUUCUUGGUUACUGUUUAUUCACAGUGGGACUCUAUUUGCAUUUUGCCACAUCAGUCAUUCAUGAAAUCACAACAGCCUUGGGCAUUAAUUGCUUCAGGAUAACUAGGAAAGAAGCUUGAAAAAUGCAGGUUCUGAUUUUGGUGGUUUGGGCUGCUUUUGAUUGAUGGGAAUUCUGUAUGCUCAAUUAAUGAUUCAACAGGCAAGUCAGGAGCUAUGCAGUAAAAUUGAUGAUUUGGCACAUCUAUCAAUUUUGGUUUAACAUUGAUGACGGGGUUGUCACUGGAUUCAGGGCACAAGAUCUGGUUCAACCAUAUUAUUUUUUAAAUACCACAGUAGAGUAGGCAAUUUGAGGCAUGCAGACCUUUUAUGAUUAUCCCUACGUUUUUAAAAUUUUAUGAUGGGUGUUUGAGCUUGUUGCACGCUGGGAAGAGGUCUUUUUCCUCUUUGGGUGGAAGUGGGAUUGCUGUUUGAUGAGUUUAGGAACUAAUAGUAGUAAGGCUUGGGUAUAACUUAUACUAGUUAAAAGCAUCUAACUCUUAGAGCAACUGGGUUAAUAUCAACAAGCAAGCCCAUUUUAUAUUGAGAUCUAGCAUAUGACCUACCUAUUUUUCUGGGAUGUUGCAUUGGAAAGUCGUCUUACGAUUUGACAAUGAAAUUUUGGUUAGUUUUUGGCUUCA